AUGGCACGCGAUAUCCUGUCGAUUCCUGCUACCGGUGCUGGUGUUGAGCGAUUGUUUAAUUGUGCCCGCGAUAUCUGCCAUUAUCGCCGUGGUCAGCUGAAACCAAGUACAGUCCGAGCGCUUAUGCUUCAUCAGUUUGCUACCAAUUUCGAUCUUAAGCAGGAGGAGCUGGAUGCUAUCAAAGAAUAUCUCUCCGACAGUGAGGCUGCACUGAUGGAUCAAGCCCGUAAACCAUCGCCUCCGCUUGAAAUAUUGGAACCAAUUAGUGACAAUGAGGAGGAUGAAGAUCCUGGGGUAGAGGAUAUACAGCAGUGUAUACAGGGUGCUGGGGAAGAUGAUUUGGAUAAUACUGAGCAACAUAGGCGGGGAAAGGGAAGACAAUCAAGAAAACGGUCAUCUGAUGAUCUUGGUGAGCAAGAAGACGAUGGCGCCCCAGAUGUAUCAAUAGAAUCCUCCCAGAUGCGACCGGGGCGAGCCCGGAAGCAGCCAAGACUGCCAGACUGGUUUGAGCUUCUUUAG